UUUUAACUACUUUCAAUUAUUGGAUCUAUGCCAUGGUUAUAAAAAAACAUUUUUAGAAUUUAGCCAAAAACGUAUUGCGUUAAAAUGCUGUUAACUGACAGGUCGAGACGAUAGGACUAUGGAAAGUACACAGACUGAGACAUUCCUUAUCACUGGAGGAGGAGGAUAUUUUGGCUUUCGUCUUGCAUGCAAACUUUACAAUAACGGAGCCAAAGUUGUUCUGUUCGAUGUGCAGCCCCCAGGCCAGGACUUACCAGAGGGCAUGGUGUUCCACCAGGGAGACAUUCGGGAUUAUAACCAGGUGCUGAAGGUAGUCUGUGGAGUAGAUUGUGUGUUUCACAUAGCCUCUUAUGGUAUGUCGGGGAGAGAACAGUUAAAUCGACAACUGAUUGAGCAGGUGAAUGUGAAAGGCACUGAGAAUGUCCUCAACGCCUGUAUAGAGUGCAGUGUUCCCAGAGUAGUCUACACUAGCACCUUUAAUGUGGUCUUUGGUGGUCAAGUCAUCGAGGGAGGGGAUGAAACUCUUCCGUACCUGCCUCUCCAUCUCCAUCCUGAUCACUAUUCUAGGACGAAAUCCCUUGCAGAGAUGGAGGUGCUCAAAGCCAAUGGCACUGCACUAACAAAUGGCCUGGGUGUAAUAAGAACCUGUGCCCUGCGCCCAGCUGGAAUAUAUGGCCCCGGAGAGCAGAGACAUCUGCCAAGAAUCGUGGGCUACAUUGAGAGUGGAAUCUUCCGGUUUGUGUAUGGCGAUCCUAGCAGUUUGGUGGAAUUUGUCCAUGUUGAUAACCUGGUGUCAGCACAUGAAUUGGCAGCCAAGGCCUUGACAAAGGGGGAGGGAUACCGUGCCGCCGGCCAGCCCUACUUCAUAUCUGAUGGCAAGCCUGUAAACAAUUUUGAGUUCUUUAGACCUUUGGUGGAAGGUUUGGGGUACACAUUUCCUAAAGUGCGUUUGCCUGUGUCUCUAAUAUAUUUCUUUGCAUUCCUCACCGAGAUGGUUCAUCACCUAGUGGGCCCCAUCUACAACUUUCAACCUUUGCUUACUCGCACAGAAGUCUAUAAGACUGGGGUGACCCAUUAUUUUCGAAUGGAGAAGUCCAAGAAAGAGCUGGGGUAUGAGCCUCAGGAGUAUACUCUAGAUGAAGUUGUGAACUGGUUCAAAAGUAAAGGCCAUGGCAAAAAACAAAGAGCUUCCUCAACAAAACAGUUCAUCUUGGAUGUUUUAAUUAUAGUUGCCUUUGUAGCUGUGAUACUCUCAUACCUUCCUGUCGUUGGACAGUGAGUUUUAAAUUUGACAGACACCAAGAAUCUUUUGUCUCCAGCAUGAAAGCAAACUCAUCCUGCAUAGUGUACUUAAACUUAAAUGGGCUAAAAGUAUUGAAGUAUUUCUUGUACUUAAAAGUACUAUUUGGGGCAUGACAUUUUCUGACACAUUUCCAAACCUUGAACAGAAUUUAUGGCUACCUCUUUUUAAUCAGAUGAUGUCCAUCAGUUCAAAUGAUCACAAUCCCUGAUGCUUGAAGAAUAAACAUUUUAAUUUCUUCCAUAUUCUGUUUUGUAUCUGUUGAUUUUAUGAUUCAACAUUCUUAAAUAGCCUUUAGUGUGAUUGUUGGAUAUUGAUUAUGUUGAUACAUAAAAUAACUGAGAAAUAAAAUGGCAAAAUGGCUAUUUCAAUCUGCAAGCAAGAUUAUCUGAGUGGGUUUUUGUGGUGAAGAUUAUGUGCACAGGUGUGCAUCUGUGUUUUGGAAAGGGGUGAUGUUGAUUAACUGUCUGUCUAUCAAUAAAGAUAACUUACAGAAAGUG